AUGCUGACGCGUCUCUCUUCUCCUCAUCCACCGACGUGUCAGUCCUCUUCUCUUCUAGUGUCCAGAGCUGAAGACACAUCAGACAGACAACACACCGGUCAACCAGCAGACAUGGCUCCUAAAGGCAACAACAAGCAGCAGUCAGAGGAAGACCUGCUCCUCCAGGACUUCAGCAGAAACCUCUCGGCCAAAUCCACCGCGUUGUUUUACGGAAACGCUCUCAUCGUCUCUGCCAUCCCGAUCUGGCUGUUUUGGAGGAUCUGGCACAUGGACCUUGUCCAGUCUGCAGUCUUGUACGCUGUGAUGACUCUGGUCAGCACCUACCUGGUGGCCUUCGCCUACAAGAAUGUCAAGUUUGUUCUCAAACACAAAGUUGCCCAGAAACGUGAGGAUGCUGUUUCCAAGGAGGUAACCAGGAAGUUGUCUGAGGCUGACAACCGCAAGAUGUCCCGCAAGGAGAAAGACGAGAGGAUCCUGUGGAAGAAGAACGAGGUCGCCGACUACGAGGCCACCACCUUCUCCAUCUUCUACAACAACACCCUCUUCCUGGUGCUCGUCAUCGUCGCCUCCUUCUUCUUGCUCAGGAACUUCAACCCCACCGUCAACUACAUUCUGUCCAUCAGUGCCUCCUCAGGACUCAUCGCUCUGCUGUCCACAGGCUCCAAGUAAAGGAGGAAGAAAAGCUGGAGGGAUGGAGGGGUGGGAUUGGGUGGAGAAAGUGGGUUAAAGAUGGGUAUACACUAUACUGUUUUUCACUUAAGUUAGGAAUGGGGUUUAAGGGAUCGAAAUAUCACAUUUCAACUUCAUGAAAUUCAUGAUCAAAUGUCUGGAGGGUGUUUUCUCCAGGUCCGUCUUCUGUUUUUUGUAACAAAUAAAGCAACCAGUAUACUUGU